AUGUCUCAACGUCUUGGUUCUUUUUCGUAUGAAGAAAAAUGCAAUUUAAAAGGUAAGAGACCAACGCCACAUUUAUCAUUAGAAUAUAAAGAAGCAAAAACUUUAAGAAAAUUUCAAUUGUCUUGGUAUUCAAAAUUUAACUGGUUAGCAGGAAGCGUUGAAAGAAAUAAAUUAUUCUGUUACAUAUGUGUCUUGUUCAGAGGAGAGAAUGAGUGGAAUAUAAAUGGCAUUCCUAAUAUUAAAAAUUUAGUUCGUAAAGCUGAAAAACACAAAAUUUCAAAAAAACAUCUGACUAACAAGGAAAGUUUUCAUAUGCUGGGUAAAAAUAGGAUUGAACAUUCAAUAUCUGAGAGUCGUCGGUUAACUGAAAUUAAUCAUAAUAAACAAGUGGACAUAAACAGAAAGAUAUUAGCUCGUUUAAUCGAUGUAGAUUGUUUUUUAGGGAAACAAGAAUUGGCAUUCCGCGGACAUCGCGAGAAUGAAGGUUCUUUAAAUAAAAGAAAUUAUUGUGAAAUUUUAGAUUUACUUGCUAAGGAAGAGCAAUUUAUAAAAGAACACUUUUGCACAAAUUCUGUUUUUAAAGGAACUUCACACGACAUACAAAAUGACUUGAUCCAUUGCGUAACUACGGUAUUAAAUUCUCAUAUUUUAAAAGAACUGAAAAUUACAAAUUUUAUAUCAAUACAAGCCGAUGAAACUACGGAUGUAUCAUGCCAAUCUCAAAUGAGUUUAAUUUUUCGUUAUAUUCUGGACAAUAAGAUCGAAGAAAGAUUUAUAGGAUUUUUUGAUGUUUCCAAAAAUAAGACUGCGGCUGGUUUAUCCGAAGUAAUUUUAAAUGAACUUUCAAAAUGGAAUAUUGGUAAAAAAGUUAUGUGUCAAACAUAUGAUAGUACUUCUGUUAUUGCUGGUGAAAAAAAUGGGGUUCAGUCAAUUAUACAAAAUAUUUAUCCAAUGGCUAUUUUUAUACAUUGUUACGCUCAUCAAUUGAAUUUAGUUCUACUUCACGGCGCAAAAUCAAUAAAAGAUGUUAAAUUAUUUAUAGCAAACCUUACUAUGUUCCACACGUUUUUUAGUAGAUCUUCUAAAAGAAGUUCUUUAUUAAGAGAGCAAGGAUUUAAAUUACCAAAUCAAUGCAAUACACGUUGGAAUUAUCAUUCAAGAGCUGCUUUAACUAUAAAAACUCAUUUCAAUGAACUAAAAAAUGCCGUAUCUCAUGUAGUUGAUGACCCUGGCUGGGAUUCCAAUUUUGUUUGUACUGCAUCUGAUAAGCUUCAAGAAGUAUAUCAAGAAGUCACGAAACUUAUUCAAUUAGUAUUAACUAUUCCUGCAACAACAGCCUCAAGUGAAAGGAUACUUCCAAUUUAUCAUGAGGUGUGA